UUAUUAUAUGUGUUAUAAGUAGAGUUCACAAAAAUAGAAAAUUCCAAAUUAAUUAAAAGACUACUCAUUGAGUCAGUAAAUCAAGGCUGCUUUAUUUACUGUAAUUUGCUUUUUAUUCACUGCUUGUAAGUCUAUCAUCCUAUUAUCUUUAGUUGUGUCUGUUAACUUCAUCAGUUUGUUUAUGGGCAUGCCAAUGGCUUAAGGAGAGCCAAAUAUAAAUGAUGGCUUAAGUGCCUCUGAAGACUUUAUAGCGAAUAUGGUUAGCGAAAUUUAUUCAACCUUGUCAUAUAGCCUAUAUUUAAUGAAUUCAUUAUUUAUUGGCAUGUUUUAUACUGAUUUUAAAAAGGUAAUUUGUACAUUUAUAAAAUAAUCUAGAUCAAUUUGAUAAUGAUAAUUGAUUAAGAAAUAAUAUUGGGUAGAAACCAGAAAUCCGUCUGA